AUGAGGAAAGGAAGGUCAUCCUUUGGAAAGCGUCGCAAUAAGAUGCACACGCUCUGCUGCCGCUGUGGCUCUAAGGCCUACCACCUUAAGAAGUCAACCUGUGGCAAGUGUGGCUACGUGGCCAAGCGCAAGAGAAAGUAUAACUGGAGGGCCAAGGCUAAGAGACGAAACACUACCAGGACUGGGCGGAUGAGGCACCUGAAAAUUGUCUAUCGAAGAUUCAGACGUGGAUUCCGUGAAGGGACAACACCUAAACCCAAGAGGACAGCUGUUGCAGCAUCCAGUUCAUCUUGAGGAAUUACAGUCAGUCAUAAAAUAA